AUGAAGAUAAUACCCAAGAGGAAGAAGAGCAGGAAUGUCAAGAAAAGAAUUGACUUGAAAGUCAACAUAAUAGAGGGGAAAGAUCUAGUCUUGACCAGCCCCAAAUCUUGUAACAUCGUGAGUCUUGCAUUCAAUGGACAAACUAAAAGAACCCAUAAAAUUAAACAUACGGCUAAUCCAACAUUCAACACAUCACUUCAAUUACGUCUUUCAGGCUACAAUCUAGGGGGUCCUAUCUUACACAUUGGGAUAUUUGAUAAACAUAGAAGAUAUUCAAUUUAUUUAGGAGAGUUAAGGCUUAAUAUUAUUGAUCUUUUUGAAGAUAAUGAACGUGGUUUAACGCGUACUAUAAUUCCACCAAAAUGGUAUAGAUUACAUUCAUCCAAGACUCAAGAAACUUUUGUUACUGGAUCAAUAAAAGUUGGGUUUGAAUUGAAAGCCAAAAGUGAUAUUGUUAAGAAUUUCAAGAUUUGGCAAACUUCGUUGGUUAAUCGUGAUAAAUCAAUUAAAUUAAAUGACCAAGAUUAUUAUUCAGAUACUGAUACUGAUGUUGAAUCUCUUCUGGUGGAUGAACCUAGAGAUGCUAUUGAUGGAUUUAAAGAUAUAAACUUAAGCUCAGAUUCAUUCACUACACCAUCAACACCUGAACCCCAGUUAUUGAGUCAAAUCACAUCUCGUUCAAGUUCACCAUAUCCAGAUUCUUCUUUAACACAACAUUCAAAUUCUGCACCACCAUCAAGUUCAACAACAACUUCAACAUCGACAAAAUCUCAAACAUCAAAUUUGUUAUCUACAGCAACUACAAAUUCUGCAACAUCUUCUGGGAAUGGUUUACUUACCCCCAAACCAAUGUAUUUACAACCACCUCCAGUUUCAGGGUCAACAGCUUCCAAUUCAAAUUAUGAUUCAUAUUAUUCAAGUGAUUUUUCAAUGUCUGAUAACAAUCAACAAAUAAUACAGCCUUCUGUACAAUCCCUAGCAAGAAAACGAACAUCACAUCAUUUAAAAUCUGGUUCAUCAAUUGCCGGUGUUGUAUUUUUGGAAAUUGAAAGUGCAGAUGGAUUACCACCUUUCAAAAGAUUUAUUCAAAAAGGGUUUGAUAUGGAUCCAUUUGUUGUUAUAUCGUUUGGUAAAAAAACUUUUAGAACUUCAUGGAGGAAACAUACGCUAACACCUGUAUGGAAUCAAACAUUAGCAUUUGAAGUAUUGACAAAUGAACGUCAUUAUGAUUUAGUUUUCAAUAUCUUGGAUAAAGAUCAUAUAUCAUUCCAUGAUAAAGUUGCAUUUGGUUCAAUAUCUUUGAGUGGGAUUGAAGAAGAAUCUGAUUUUAGAAGUUUUGAUUUACCAUUAACAUUAUUUAAAGAGGAUUUGGAUUAUCAUCCCUCAUUAAAAUUUAGAAUCAAGUAUAAAAACUAUUCGGGCUUAAAAGACGCUUUAUGGCAAUCUGUCCUUUCAAAAUAUGGGGAAACAUUGGAUAUCAUUCAACUAGAUAUGUUUUUAGAUAAUUUGAACAUAAAUGAAGAAUUGAUUUCAUUUUAUAAAAUCAAUGAUAAAACAAUGUCAGAUGUCUUAACAAUCCCAGAAAUAAUUAAAGUACUACAACAUUUUAACGUUCAAAUUGAAAGAUGUCCCCUGUGUGGUAAAAGGAAACAAAAUGAUAUGAUUACACAUGUUGCUAUAUGUUCUGCUAAAGGUGAUAAGUUAAAAAGUUUUGCAUCUGCAGGGUUGGCAUCUAAAAGAUGGUAUUCAAAAGUUUUAAUCAAAUUUGCGUAUGGGAAAUAUGCAUUUGGGAAAAAUAAUGCAAAUAUUUUGGUUCAAGAUAGAUUAACUGGGUUCAUUAUUGAAGAAAAAAUGGCACUUUAUGUUAGAUUAGGUAUUAGAUUACUCUAUAAAGGUAAAGGUGCAGAUUCAAGACGUAUUAAAACAUUAUUGAAAAAUUUAUCGGUAAGACAAGGAGCUAGAUUUGAUUCACCAAGUUCUGUCAAAGAUAUUGAUUCAUUUAUAAAGUUCCAUGGACUAGAUUUAUCAGAAUGUGAAUCCAAAGAUUUCAAAACUUUUAAUGAUUUUUUUUAUAGGAAAUUACGUCAAGGCUCAAGACCACCAGAAUCUAAUGAUGAAAAAAUUGUGGUUUCUCCUGCAGAUUCUCGCUGUACUGCUUUUAAUAAUGUUUCAAGUGCAACAAAAGUAUGGAUCAAAAGUAGAAGUUUUUCUAUUGCUAAAUUAUUAGGUGAAGAAUUCAAAAAUGAUUUGGAAUCAUUUGAGGAUUGUUCAAUUGCAGUUUUCAGAUUAGCUCCUCAAGAUUAUCAUAGAUUUCAUUCACCAGUUAAUGGUGUAAUUGGUGAACCUGUUUAUAUUCAAGGUGAAUACUAUACAGUCAAUCCAAUGGCCAUUAGAUCAGAUUUAGAUGUUUUCGGAGAAAAUGUUCGUGUUAUUGUCCCAAUUGAAACUGAACAGUUUGGGAAAGUUAUAGUGAUUGCUGUUGGUGCAAUGAUGGUUGGUUCAACUGUUUUGACAGUGGGAAAAGGUGAUGAUAUUAAUAGAGCAGAUGAACUAGGAUAUUUUAAGUUUGGUGGUUCUACUAUAUUGACACUUUUCACAAAAGGUUCAAUGGAAUUUGAUUCUGAUCUCGUGGGAAAUUCAAAUGAUUGUAUUGAAACUUUAGUUCGAGUUGGAAUGUCUGUUGGUCAUAAGACUGAUAUUCCAGAAUUUCAAAGAGCAAGAGUUGAUUUUGAUGAGAAAUCUGAUGAAGCUAAAUUGAAAAUUAUUAGAACAAUUACUGGUGGUGAUAAUGAUCAUCCAUGGGAGUUACUUCAUUUAAAUGUUAACUCUGACGAAGAAUUGGAUGAAGAAGAUGAUGAAGAAGAUUAG